AUGGCAAAGCCAUCCAGAAGAAAAGCUAAUGUCUCGGCGGCUUGUCAGAACACCGGGGAAAUAGUUUUAUCAGCGAUCAAAAAGUUAAUGAAGAAUACAGGCUGGACUGCAAGGACAAUCGUCAAAUUCAUUAAAAUGGAAUAUACAAUAAAUGACCCGAAUAUUAGCCGUAAAGUAUCGAGGGCAUUGAAACGCGGCGUCCGACUGGGGCUGCUGAUGAUGGACCGUGGUCGCUACCGACUCAACGACAUGUCUCGCCUGGCGCGGCCCAUCGAGGCACGGGAGAUACGAGGUCGGCAGGCGCGGAUGAACGAGGCGAAGGAGACCCGCGUACGACAGAGGCGAGGCACGCGCGAACGACCCCUCCGUCUAUACAGCCGAUCUUGCUCAAGAGCAAACAUUAAACGAAAAUCGUAAAGCUACU